ACCCGUGUUAUCUGGGCGUACCAUGACCAGGACCCCCCGCACGACACGGCGCUGAUGUACCACGGGGAGACCCGGGGAGCACGCAGCCUCAUGCUGCUGGACGUCCCGCAGAACAGGGAGAUGCCAGACGAUGUGCAAACCAUUGACUUACUAAACACGUAUAGCGUAAUGAAGAAACAGACGGUCUACUGGUACCGCGGAUUCAAGGUUCCAGACUUCGGAGGAAAAAGACACAUCAUAGCGUUUGAACCAGUUUUACAGCCAGGUCACGAAGGUAUGAUCCAUCACAUGGACCUGUACACCUGUCUGAAGGACGUGGAUCCAGACAUGUAUGAUGGCGUCCAGCACGCGCGUCACAGCCACGACUUCCCGGAAGAUUGGCAUUCUUGUAAGAUCAGACUGGUAGCCUGGGAAAUAGGAGGAGAGGGCAUUUACUACCCAGAAAAGGCCGGUCUUUCCGUAGGUGGUCCUGACGAUCCAACGUUCUUUGUUAUGGAGACACACUACAACAACCCGCAGCAUAAGACUGGCAUAGUGGACAGGUCUGGUCUCCGGUUACUGUACACCUCAGAGCUGCGGCAGCACGACCUGGGCUUCAUGCAGCUUGGCAUGGAGGUGGCACGGACACUCAUCAUCCCGCCUGGGAGUCAGGCCUUUGUUACAGUCGGAACUUGUUAUCCAGACUGUCUGGAGAAGGCAAUGGAGGAAGAGUCCAUAGAGAAGAUCCACGUGAUCGGCGUCCAUUUCCACACUCACCUGGCGGGAAGGAAGAUGAAGAUGCGCCACGUGCGGAACGGAGUGGAACUGCCGUGGAUACGGAACGAUGAAAACUUUGACUUCAACUUUCAGCAGACUGUCAGUCUACAGAAGGAGGUAGAAGUUUUAAAGGGCGACUACAUCAUAGUGGAGUGUACGUACAAUACCACUGACAGGCGGAAGGUUACAUACGGAGGCCUGAGUACGGAAGAAGAGAUGUGUUUUGGUCACAUACUUCACUACCCGAACAUGAAGCUAAGACGGUGUAAGAGUAACCCACACAAGGCGUCUUACCUGGCGGCGCUCGGGGCCACAGAAGUUACCUUCAGCGCCGCCGAAAACGACUAUGUACCCACCCAACCUCCUCACAUGGCUGGUAACACCAUACAAAAACUACUGCACUCUAUCGACUGGGAUGAAAAUACCAGGCAAACAUUCCAGGCACUACAGAGAACCGGAAACACGUCUGUUACCUGUAUGAAGAAAGACACUAGCGUUGAGGCAUAUCAUCAGCAACUGAUCACCAUGCGUGAGCCACCACCGCUCAUUCUUUACCCAUUUGAGGAACAAGACGUCUGCAAAACACCACGUACAAUGAUGGGGGCUAAAAGGACCAAGUUGCACAAGGGAUUAGGGAAACAUGCCUAUAACAAAGCACACGCAGAAACCAAGAGUGGAACAAAGAAAGCACAGCGGGGAAAGAAAAGGAAGAACAAGAGGAAGCCGAAUCUUUCAAUUUGGCGACGCUAA